GAAAUCAGCAGUCCGCCCCCUCCGACGGAGAAGAAAAGAGCACCGACAUUCACGCUCGAGAGUUUCCCCUCGUUCAAGAUAAACCCGAUUCCAAUUCCAAAUUGGUUGCGUCCGCAGCGGAAGGCGACUGUGUCGAACGACGGCGACUUCAUGCAGAUGCUGUGAUCUCCCUCGCCCGGAAAGGGUCUGGAGGAAGUGGAUUCGACGGGUUGUCCGUAUUUUUGUCUUGUAUUUUCCCACUGCUUAUUUUCCUGCUGGUAUUUGUCAAGUUGAAGAAAUGUCAACAUCCAUGUAUUCUGACCGCCGGUUUUGUUCAGUCCCAUCUGUUUUUGGCCGGCAUGUGAUGGAAAUAUUUGUCAAUCAUCGGCAUGCAAUGAUUAUUCCCGAGAACAAACCAGGACUCCCGGCCCGGGGGUUGCACGUGUCAAGGCCGGGCCGAGAUUCACGAGGACAUCUGCCACAUCUGAACUCGCGGCCGCCACCGUAUCCACCAGAGCUGGUGGGACGGCCCGAUGUCGUAGCCGGGCAGAGGAGAAUUGCGCAAGGAAUCCCAUUGGCAAUGCGAGCCGGUCUGAUGUUGGUGGAGCUGGCCGGGGUCCCGGCUUGCGGCCGGCCCCGUCACACGGAGACCGCACUCCAUCUCGGGUGCUUGAGAAAGGGAAAGGGGACAUUUGGGAGACUUUAUCAUCUCCGCCGCUCGCUUGUGCAAGUGCUGUGGCUCAGUAAUAGGGCUGGGCCCGCGACGGGUCUGAAACUCGACGAAAUUAACCUGAUGUCGAAGCGAGUCCGGCCUCGUGAGAAAUUGCCGAAUCGGCUGGAGGUGCCUGUUUAUUCCUGGGGUCAGCACGCCAUUGCCCACAGUCGCCCAGCUUCAUUACGUGUGAUGUGUGCCUAUGCAAACCUGUGUUGCCAUACGGAUGUUUCCGCUUCGAGUUUGGGAUCGUGAGUUGCAUGAUCAACGGCCCUGGUCUGGUGCAGAAUCACUAGGGGCGAGAAACGAAGGAGCAGUUCCACAGAAACAAGCUCUCGGUAAUCACUGGAUUAAUGUUCGCUAAAGACUUUGAACGUGCA